AUGUCGUCCCUCACCACCACCGUCUUCGAGCUCGUUGCCCGCAACAGUAGCAAACCCGACUACGCCGCCAUCCGCAACUAUCGCGACCACUGCACCCUCUCCACCUGUGCCUUAUCAGACUCCUACUGGGGCUACCGCCCCUCGCUGCCCGCCAAUUCCUUCUUCCUCGCCAUCUUCGCCAUCUCAACCGGCCUCUACCUCGUGCAAGCCUUGCUCUCAAAGCGCUUCCUCGGCUUCACAAUCGCCAUGGUCUCCGGGUGCCUACUAGAAGUGAUCGGCUACGUAGGGCGGAUAUUGAGCUACUUCAACCCCUUCAAAGAGCCCGGCUUCCUCAUGCAAAUCGUCUGCCUCACCAUCGCCCCGGCCUUCAUGGCCGCCGGCAUCUACCUCUGCCUCUCGCGCAUCGUGACGACCUUCGGCGCGCAAAACUCGCGCAUCGCACCCCUCUCCUACCCGCGCAUCUUCAUCCCCUGCGACCUCAUCUCGCUGCUGCUGCAAGCUGCGGGCGGCGGCCUCGCCUCGGCCGCCUCCCACACCAACAGAGACCCUACGCCCGGCAACAACAUCAUGAUCGCCGGCCUCAGCAUGCAGGUCGCGACGCUCUUCGUCUUCAUGCUGCUCGCGUCCGACUUCGCCGUGCGCACGCUGAACCGCGUGCGCCGCCUCGGCCGCGAGCGGGCGCUGGACCCCACGCACGCGCGGCUGCGCGCCAGCUGGGCCUUCCAGGGGUUCUUGGUCGCGCUGGCGUUCGCGACGCUGUGUAUUUUCACGCGCUCGGUGUAUCGGGUCGCCGAGUUGAGCGAGGGGUGGAAUGGGCAUUUGAUUAAGACGCAGAAGUACUUCAUUGGGCUUGAGGGCGCGAUUGUGGGGUUGGCGGUGUUGGCGCUGAAUGUGUUCCAUCCCGGGCUGUGCUUUCGGGAGGGGUAUAAGGGGGUGGUGAGGCAGAAGAAGGUGGGGGGCAGGACGUGGUAUGGAAAGAAGAGGGUGGGGCAGAGUGCGGAGCAGCAGCAGGAGGAGGGUGUUAUGGGGACCCCGGUUAGUGAGGAGGAGGUUAAGGGGUCGUUGUAG